CGCGACAGCAACGCAAGAAAUAAUGUGUCUGAGAUUUUUUUGCUGCUACUCCAAUUUUUAAAACAACAGUCUAGAAAAAUAGUUUCAGUUUCCUCCGCGCAAAAUUAUUUUCGUUUCCUUGCUUCACGUGCGUCGCAAAAAGGUGCGUGUUCCCUCCUGUGAAAAACUCGAAAAAAAGCAGAAAAAACAGUGAAAAGGGUUUGAGAUGAAAUAAAAACAUUUUUUUCCUUCUUCUUCUUCUUCAUUAAUCGCUCGUUGCCUCAAUAGAGACGCGAUUGUCUUGCAUACACGCGAAUAACUCGUACGCUCGUACAAAAUAAUAAUAAUAAGAUGGAAGUGUAAGAAGCAAAAAAAAAACGAGAUAUUUCAGCGUCCAUCAUCAUCAGUUAUAAAUAAAGAAAAAAAAAUUGUACGUCGCACACAUUCGUUCUUAUCAAGCGAAAAAAAAAGUUAAAAAUACAAGCAAAAUAUUGUGAGAUCAUGAACUACCUACUUUUUUUCGCUUCACACACACAAAUUAUUACGAUUUAUUUACUUUCAAAAUCCAGAUCAAAUUAACACACAAGAUGCACGCUCAUCAUUAUUAUUAGAAAAAAAAAUUAUGAAAGUUGGCGGACAACAGAAAUUGCAACAAAAGUGAAUAAUACAAAAAAAAAUUAAAUACAGAAAAAAAAGUGUGCAACAAUCCAAGUGAAAUAAUAACAAAAGAUACGAAAAAAACAAAGAAAAAAAAAGAAAUCUUCACAUUUUAGCACGAGAGAGAAAUGUCUAAUAGUAAUGGUCCAAGUGCAUUUAGGAAAUUUGUGAAAAAUAAUAAUUUACAAUUGUUUAAGAAACUUGAAUAUGAACACGAGAUGUGACAUGCAUACCACCGUUCACUAAAAAAAAUAUAAUGAUACCAUAAUAUUAACAAAUAAAUAAAAAAUACAGUGUUUGCAAACUACUUCGACGAACAUUCUUAGAACAAUCAGCUGAUGCUUAACAUUUAGUAUAAAAACUUUAACAAAAAAAAAACGAAGGAAUUGAAAUUUAGAAUAUUUAGUGAAAAAAAAAAUCAUCAACGAGUACUGAAAAAGUGUGAAUGCCUAACAAAAAUUAGUUUAGACGUAGAAAAACUAAAAAUAAAAGGAAAAAUCAUUAAAACUGCUUUGAUUAACUCACUCAGAUAAUGGGUCAAAUGUUCCUUUCAUCAUUAUGGCGGGAAGUUCCAGAUCAAUACGAUGUACAACAAGGUGAUGUAAACAGUAGUUCAGAUAGUUCAGUGAUGAUUAAAAUCGAUGUCGGAAUACCAAAUCGUGAGGAAAACAGAUUUCCAAAGGAAAAAUGGAAAACACUCAUUGCAUUCAUCAUUCUCGGCGUGAAUUUCUUCAUAGCAACUUUUGUGUUGGCACUUGUCCAUGAUCGCGUGCCAGAUCGCGACAAAUAUGGUCCAUUGCCAGAUAUCGUGCUCGAUAAUGUCACUGCCAACGAUUGGGCACUCUCCGUAAGCGAAGUACAGAUUAUGGUAGUGACGAAUAUUUGUAUAUUACUUGUGAUAUUCCACAAACACAGAUUCAUUGUUGCCAGACGUAUUUUCCUGUUGAUGUCCUUGUUGUAUCUCAUGCGGAGCAUAACGAUGUACGUUACCGUAUUGCCAAUGUCGAGCACGACAUAUUACUGCAGUCCAAAAUCCAAUUCGACGACAAUUACCACCGCCUUAUCCCGAGCCAUUCAUCUGAUUUCAGGCUUUGGGCUUAGUAUUAAUGGUAAACAAGUGUAUUGCGGUGACUUUAUGUACUCAGGCCAUACUGUGAUUCUCGUGUUGGGAUAUCUGAUAAUAUCCGAGUACUCUCCAAAAUACUUUUGGAUUCUGCAUUGGACCGCGUGGAUUAAUGCCUUGGUAGGCGUUUGCAUGGUUCUGCUCGCUCACGGUCAUUAUACAAUCGAUAUAAUUGUUGCCUACUACGUUACGACACGUCUCUUCUGGACAUACCACACAUUGGCCAAUAAUAGUCUUUUAUUGAAGGCAAAUGGAUACAAUUUGUUAGCGCGUGAAUGGUGGUUCUGUUACUUUAAAUAUUUUGAACAGAAUGUCAAAGGUCCUCUUCCUCACGCCUAUGAAUGGCCAUUUUCAUUGCCACGCCGAUUCCUUCAUGCAAAACUUCCGAAUCAUCGGGAGAGUUAACAAUUUCUUCUCAUCCAUCGACACAUCGUCAAAUCCUAUAUUUUUAGAGCGUAUCGUAAAGUAAAUUUAACUAAGUUUAACUUAACGAAUAGAACAAAAAAUUGCAACAACAACAACACAAUUGUCACUAAAGUGCGAAAUCUGUAGAGAAAAAUCACAAAAAUUCGGUUUCUUUUAACAAAUUUGUUAAAAAAAAAUAAUUAUAAAAAUUAAUAAUUAAUUGAAAAAACAGCCAAAAAUUAUUAUCUUCCGUUUCUCCGAUCAGUUAAUUCUUAAAACAAAAAAAAAUGUACCUAUAAUUUUUUUCUUAGUUAUUAAUUAAUUGUUAAUUAAACAUUGUAAAAAUUAGUUUAGUGACUUGUUUAGAGAAUGAAAGAGCAAAAGCGAGCUUUAAGCUAUAAUAUUUAGAAAGUGAAAAACGUCCUUAAACUCUUCAUUUUUUUUGUGACGACGAAAUUCAAAGAAUUUUCAAGAAUUUUAAAUCAAAUUUAUCACAAUUUAUUGUUUAAUACUCAAUUUUUGAUUGAAACAAACCAAAAAAAAAAAUUAAUAAAAAUCUCUUCCCUUUUUAAAAUAAAUUUCUCCUCUCCUCCGAUAUUUAAGAACAAAAUCACAAAUUUAAACCACCAACAAAGAAAAAUAUAUCUGUAAAUCUAUAAGGGAAUAAAAACUUAAAAAAAUGUUAACUUUAAAUAAACAGAUUAAACUUAUACUAACUACAUACUAAAUGUGCCUUUCAACGUAUAUUCAUAAAAUAAAAACAUAUUUAAUGAGUUAUUUAAGACCUCCGAUUAAAAAAAAAAAAAAAAAAACAGAACAGCGUUAAAUACUUCAGUAGAUAAAAUUUUAAAAAAAUCAUCGAAAAUAUUUACAAAG